GUACUUAGCUAAUUCAUUGCCAAUUGUGGGGUUCCUGUUGUAAAUACUAACCGAUUGCACGUACGGAAAUUAAACGUUUCUGUUAUGUGAAAAAUAUUUGUUGUGAAAUUCCAUUUAUAAUGCGCAUGUUUGUCCAUGACCGUAAUUAUUCAGUUUAUCUACGUCAAUAACUUAACAUUCAGCGUGUCCAAAAACGAGCUAAACGCAUUAUUGCAUGGGAAUCCAUUGCCAAAAUUAUUUUCAGGAUUGUCGUCAAUAAAAUCUAUGGUUUACAUAAAAUAUAACUAUUGACACUUAUUAGGCUAAUUUUACAUAGAACGUGAAAGAGACUAUGGAAGAGAAUGAAUGGAAUAGAUGUUUCGAAUUUAAACAACACUAUUGUUAAUAGUGCGCUCACACAGGUAAAUCCCUACCGAAUCGACAAGCGCCAAGUGGAAAAUACCUUUGCACCGGUUCAAGUAAAAAUGGCCCAAGAAUCAUUCGAAUGCGGGAAGGAACUGGCAUUGGAGGUGAUGGGCAUGAAGGUACCAAACCAUUACGGUAUAUUAAAAGAAACUAAUCCAGCGACAGAAAAGGUGUGGGGUUGUAUAUGGAAAAGGUUGCAGCUGAUCGACGAAGAUUCCGUUUUGAACCAAGAGAAUAUAGAAAACCACUUCAUCGACACUAUGAAAGCGGCCGUUCACGAUUCGCUAAUUGACAAACAAUCAAUGAAAUUUAUUGUAGAAAGGUGCAAAAACUUCAGGGGUAGCAAUCAUGGAGCAACCGCCAUUAAAGUACAAAACUGCAUAACAGAACGUAUUGCUCUAUUCGCAUUCUUCGAAAAAGUAUUUCAGUCGAGCAUGUUUAAUUAAAUUAAAUUUGUUUCAAUUUCGAACA